AUGCAGUCUGAAAACAUUGGGAACGUUCAUGUGGUGUGUUCCGCAGCGAUUAAGCUCGAGUGCAGCGCUGGCCGGAGUAACCUCGUGCCUUCUCGCUUCGCACGAAGCAGUGUACUCCUCUUCCAACGAAUUGAGGCGGUGUUUGGGGAGAUUUUUGCACCUAUACAUCAGUCGUCUUUGCAGGACUGGCAGAGACAUGGCGAGCUCGUUCAUGCGUCGGGGUUAGCUGCGCUAGUUCAGGAGAAAGGCCCACCCAAACCUAAGGAUAAAUCCGAUGCUUCCGUCAUAAUUGAUAGUCAUGCCUGUAUUAUUCAUCAAGCUCUUGUUCAGGGGAAAGUCUGCUUCCUUGCCUCCAAUGAAUGGGCAGCUGCUCUUGACAACAUUGAGGGUCGAACAGAUAUUCAAACUAUAUUCUACCAAAUCUUGCGGCAGAUGACGCUUUGGCCUACACUACUUCAUGAGAAGAAAUCAACCCUCUAUGACGGAGACUUGGUUAUCAAUCUAUCUUCACUCAUAGACACAGCACAGAGAGUACAGACUGCGAUGUACGACAUUGGCCUUGAUCUUGACACGCUAAUUGAGACUCGCCGGGUCUGUCGGACUAUCCCAUCCACUUGCUUGUCGGACCUAGUCACCGAGAUGUAUGAGGUGGAUGACACUAUGGUUGGAGUGGUUCUAUGCUAUCAUGCAAUGUAUAGCAUUGUAGUGCUCCGGAUUAUUUGGUCCGUGACGGAUGUACUUCACCGGAUCGUGCUCGAAUUCGAUAUUUUCCACCUAUGCAAGCGGGUGUGGAUGCUGAUAGAACAUGGUCGUCAGUGUAUGCCUCUUGGACUCCCGAUCUUGCAGACUGCUCUCAUGAUGACGAUGGAGUCUGUGGACUGGGAUGCACAGGAGAGGAUUGUUAAUAUUACAAAUGAGCUCGACAGAUUCCACGAGCCAGGCCGGAUUACUUGGACUAGAGCGGCACUCAUCAAGAAGGCCAUGGUUUACCGAGGAGAUUGUGCUAUCUAUCAUGGCUAG